AUGAGCGUACUCAAAAAGUUCCGCCGCGGCAGCAAAGACACCAUCACAUCCAUCACAUCCCAGGAACCACGCCACGACAGUCUCGCCACCGCCCCCUCAACAUCCCCCCAGGCCCUAAUCCCAAACAAACCAACCUUCUUCGACCUCCCCGCCGAAGUCCGGAACGAAAUCUACGACUUCCUAGCCAACGACACAAUCCUCUACCUCCCGCCUCCACCGGAGAAGAAACAAGACGAACGGAAAAAGAAAGACUACAUCCCCCCCUGCGGCCUCCUCCUCGCCUCCCGCCAGUGCCGGAAGGAAUUCCUCCCACUGAUUUACUCUUCCUCCCCCGUAAUAAUAGAUAUCAAAGACUUUGACUUCACCCCCCUCCUCCGCGUGAUAGGAUCCCUCUACAGCACAGACCUGAAAGCCUUCCGCUUAAACAAAACCCUCAUCCUCCGCCUCCGCACCCAAAACUAUAGUCUGGAUCGCCUACCCUGGCGCUACGAGGUUUUUGUUUCCGAUCCCAUUGGACGGAUGGGCUGUUUUCGGCAAUCGAGGGAGAUUACGUUUUAUGCGGAACGCUUGCAGAGGAUGCAGGGCCGGUUGGAGGAGACGUUGCAGUGGGAGUUGGUUGCUAUUGUGGCGGCUUUUGAGCGGAAGAGUGCGGAGUUGGAUGCGGUUUUGCAGGGGGUGCCGAUGCAUUUGAAUCCUACUACGAGGCCGAUCAGGGGGUUGUCGGGGGGUGGGAUUACCACGGUGUGA